AUGUUUUAUAGUAACGAAAGAGCUGAGAAAUUGGUGGAAUGGUUUCGAUAAUUCAUUCAAAAUUUCUAUUCUUAGAAUGCACAAAUGAUCACGAUGGAAAUGAACAAAGGCAUUUUGACUCUUUUGAGUGUACCUCAAGAACAGAAUGUGUUUUGUUCCCAAGAGUAUACAGUAGUAAAUUUCAUACCAAAAACAUUGUUACGUUGUUUUAUGAGAAUCAGCAAUGUAUUCCUACUUGUGAUUUCAUUGAUAAUGAUCAUAAAUCCAUCCUUGUCUCCAUACUAUAUUUGGAUGAUAAUAGUGUAAAUUGCAGCUGGAGCCAUCGUGUUUAUUUGCAAUGAGGCCUUAUGUGAUUGGUAAAGAAGAAACUCAGACAAAUUGGUGAAUCAGCAAUUUACAAAGAAAGGAGGUCGAAAUGGUGUGAUAGAGGAGAUCAAAUGGUAAGACAUUAAUAUAGGGGAUGUUCUGAUACUAAAUAAAGGGGAUAUGGUGCCAGCCGAUAUUAUCGUCUUGGACACUGGAUAGGUGAGAGAUCGAGAAGCAGUUUGCAUGGUAGAUUCGUCUUAUUGUGAUGGAAAGAGCACAUUCACAAAAAAGAAGAGUUGUUAUUUGACUUAAUUAAUCGUAUUAAGAACUAGACAGAAAUCUUAGUUUGCUGAAUAUAGAAAAUUAUUAACUGGUCGAUUAGAAUAUGAAGUACCCAAUAGACAUUCAAAUAUUUUCAGAGGGAGAUUGAAAUUGAAGAAGGAUCCCAAGGUUGAAUUUUUGUCUAUUGAGAAUCUCAUACUUUAAGGAUCAACUAUAAAACAGACAUCAUGGUUAUUUGGAUUAGUUGUAUAUGUUGGUUCUAAAACAAAGAACUCUAUGAGUUCAAAAAGAAAUAAGGCUAAAUGCUCUCAUGAAGAAAAUCUUAUUGAUUUCAUAUCAUUGUGUAUGAUAACGUUAAUUCUAUUUUUCUGUUUAAUAUCAAUAAUAGUGCUGUUAGCUAGAUCAGAUGACCUAACCUUUGCAUUGAGGAUUGAUAAGAACACAUAAAAUGGGAUGAAGAUAUUCAACCUUCUCAUUCUGUAUAGUUAAUUCAUACCAGCGAAUAUUUUCAUGAUUUUAGAUUUAAUCAAUAUAGUAAACAAGAUCAAAUUCAAAUUACAAAGACCUCAAACCUUUUCUGAAUUGGGUUCUUUGGAUUAUAUGUUAUUGGAUAAGACUGGCACUAUUACUACAUCAUAUUAUAAAUUAGAUAAUUUUUAAUUCGGAUCACAAGUAUUCAACCUGAAUCAUGAUUAACUCUUCAAUCAAUUAACCAAGAAUAAAAGGAGUGAUGAGGAAGAAGACGUUGUCAAAUUUGCAUCCAUCUUUGAUCAAGAAUACUAUAUACCCAUGGAAUAUGAUACAGUCAAUCGUAAGACUAGUCAAGUGAUUGAUCUAAUGCCAAACAUCAAUAAAAAAGUGUUAAAAUCAGUUACAACUGAUAAUAAUCAAUAAAUCUUUAAUUAGAUUCUUGAAUAACAAUAUCAAUUACAACCAAACAGUGUGAGAAGUCAAGAUUUUCAUGACAUGGUUAGUCUGCGUAAAUCAAUGCUAUUCUAACAUAAGAAGAGAAAUUUAUUGCAUCAACAUUAAUCUUUGAUGAGCAACAAUAAUGACGAAUUUCUACAAAUGAUCAAUCAAUAUAAACAUAAGUCUCCACAAUUAGAAUAUGCUGAAUUGCAAAAUGAAAAUGCUCUCUAUUAUGAUUGCUUCAUGAAAUGUCUCAUCUUGUGCCAUGAGGCCAGACCAGUGUAUUUGAAUGAUGUCUAAUAUGAAUCAUUUUCUAAGAAUGAGGAGAUCGCAUUAGGAUUUGCUAGAUUAUGUGGUUAUUAAUUAGAAUCCUUUAAUAAAUUUGAUUGUCCUGAUGCUUAUCUAUGUAAAAUAAGAAAUCAAAAAAUCUAAUAUGACAUUUUGGGAUUAAAUUAAUAUACUGAAAAUCGAAAUGUUAAUUCAAUUGUUGUCUAAUCCUAAAAGAGUGGAGAUAUUGGAGAUUGGGAUCCCUGUGCAAUAUCUCAUCUGAGUGGUGAAGGCUCCAAGAAUAAGUCCUUACUCAUUUGCAAAGGCGACUAUGAUGCCAUCAAAACCAAAUUGCAAUUGACUCCAAAAGAGAAAGAAGAAUUAGAAUAACACAUUUAAAUUUUAAAAAUGAGAGGAGUUAGAAUGAUUCUCUAUGGAACUAGAGUACUGAAUGAAAAAGAAACAGAAGAAUAUAAAAAACAGUUCAAUUUAUUAAAAAACUCUCUUACCAACCAGGAUGAAUAAUUAGAAUAAUUGGCCAUACAAUACGAAUAGCAAUUAUCCAUUAUAGGCAUGAUUGGGUUUAAGGAAGAAUUAAAAUAAGAUGCGCAUGAGUUUAUCCAAUCUAUCAAAAGCUAAAAUAUACAUAUAUGGCUUUUAAGUGGGGAUCAAGAGGCACAAACCAUCAGUUGCGCUUAAGCCUUAUAAAUAAAUGAAUCCAUUUACAACAAAUAUCUUCAGAUAUCGUAAACAGAAAACGAAAAGAUAUGGUUUCAAUUAAACACUUGCAUAGGCAUCAUUUAAUCAGAAAUGGUCAAAUAAUAGUUGUGCAAUGAAGAUUUCAAUACUCUUAUCAAUUCAAGCAAUACCAUUUAUGAUGGAAUAAAUUACCAAAAGAUGCUCAAAUUUACACUUUUAGUUAAUGGAAAUGCUCUAAGUAUAAUCUAAGGUGAUAAUGAUUUAUUGAGUCAUUUUAGAUUUUUGGCAGGAAUAUGCAAAAAUGUUAUUGGGUAUAAUAUGAAUUAACAACAUAAAGAGAUGAUGUGCAAAAUCAUUAGAAAUUCACUUAAUAAGCAUGUGAUUGCUGUAGGAGAUGGAUUCAAUGAUCAAUUAAUGAUGCAAUAUUCUAAUAUUUCUGUUGAGGUUAUUAAUAAUAAGAAUAAGCAAUCAAUUAUAAAUACAGGUGAUAUAAAAGUCUAAUAUUUGGGUGAAAUUAAGGAACUUCUAUUAUAAGGUAAGAUUUAUUAGGAAAAAUUGCAUCAUUUAAUUAUGUAUUGUUUCUAUGCUUCAGGAUUAAUAGGGAUGUCAUUAUUCUUUUUUAAUUGGUUCUGCUAUUUCACAUCAACCAGUCUCCAUGGAAGUCUUACUUUAUUUUUGUAUAUACAAAUAUUUAUUGGAAUAAAUGCACUUUUAAUUGGACUAUUCUCUAGAUAGACUUCAUAUUACAUUAAUCAACUUUACCCUUCACUCUAUAUUGAUGGCCAGAUUAGAAUAAAAAUCAUUUGGAAAUUGUUUUUGUUGAACAUUAUGGAAUCCUUUCUAACUUCAGCAGCUGUAUUUUACAUGAUCCUUUACUAAUUCAACUAUGCAAUGAAUGACAAAGGAUAAAUUAUUGGCUUAACAAUGAAUUCUUUAGGCAUUAUAUAUUGUUUUAUCAUCGUUAUAACCUUUAGAGUAUUCUAGGUAUUGAAUUCCUUCGGGAAAUUAAUGUAGCUGAAAUUGGUCAUUAUUCUUGUUUUAAUAGUCAUCCUUUCAGAUGAAUACAAAAAUGAAACAUAUCAAAUUUUUACACGCUAUUAGUGCAUCAUUUCUAUGAUAAUCUCAUUAAUCUUAUCAUUUACUAUUAAAUACAUAUUUUAAGAUAUUAUUCGAUUGAGGAUUUUCCCUAGCGUAUAUGAAUAGAUGGCAUUUCGAUAUGAAUUGGAUAAUGAGUCAAUCAACAGUUAGUAAAUAAUCAAUCAGCAUUUGGAUUAAUAGAUAAACAUUUCGCAAAUCAUAUCUCAAGUAUUCAAAGAUUGUAAAGUCUUAUCCCCCUACAUUUAAGAAAUAUUGAACCCUGGUGAUACAAAAAUCACUGAAAUGAGAUUAUCUAAGUUGACUCUCAAAAUAAAUGACCUAAUCGUGGAACAAAAGUUUCUUUCUAUUAAACUGCAAGAAUCACUAAAUUCUUAUAGAUUAUUUCUUAUUUUAUUGUUAAUCUACUUUGGAAUUUAUUGUUUAAUCGAUUAUUUCAUAAAUCUUUAACAAAUCCGAACUGGUGCACUUUAUUUAUGCCUCUUCUGCAUUUUUGCUAUUAUCAUCAUAUACGUAAUGAGCAAGCACUUGCAAUAAAAUUACUAUACACAUUCACACAUGAUCUUUAUUGUGUUUUAUAUCAUAAAGAUAUCCUUGGAUUGGCUGAGUGAUGAUUUAAGUUUCAUUAUGUCAUCAGUAUUAGUAGCAUUAUUUACAACCAAUAACACUAUGAACAUCAACAUCAUACCAAUUUUUGCAUAUAAUAUCGUUUAUAUCAUUCAAUUAAUAGCAAGAAUCAUCUUGGUUCUCAUUGCUGAUUCAUCCUUAUCUACUUAAGGCUAUUAUAAUCAUACUAGGGUUGUGAUUUAUGGAUCUAGUACCUCGAUUAUUUUGAUGUUAAGUCUAACAUUCAGUUUACUCUACACAUUAUACAAGACAAUAUAACGUCGAAGAACUGAUUUCUUAGCCAAGUAUUAUAUUGAAUAAGACAACUUGGCUGCCAAUGACAUUCUUUCCAUCUUAGUACCAAAAUUUGUUCGCAAUCAGAUCCAACUUGGCAGUUUACAUAUGCAGGAAGCCUAAAAUGAUGUGUCUAUACUAUUUUGCUAUGUUUGUGAUUUCGAUUCUAUAAUGAAGGAAGAGGGAAGAAAUGUUGUAUUGAUGUUGGACUCUUUGUUCCGAAUCUUUGAUAAUUUAUGCUUAUAACAUGGAGUUUAAAAGAUAGAAACUGUUGGUUAUACAUAUAUGGCAGCCACUGGUAUUAAGGCUUCUGAAAUUAAUAUCUCGCCUCACAUGUUAAAAACAGAAAAAACCAUGAGACUUGUCAAUAUGGCAUUCGAUAUGAUGGAACAAAUUCAAGGAAGGCAAUAUGGCAAAGGAAAUUAAAUUGAAAUGAAAAUUGGUAUCCAUGUGGGGAGAGUUAUUGCAGGUCUCAUUGGGCAUCAUAAGCCCCAAUUUUCUUUGAUAGGUGAUCCAGUCAAUUAAACUAGUAGGGUUGGUUCUACUGGAGAUGUUGGUGCAAUCACACUUUCUGCAGAAGCAUUUAAAUAAGCCAAACAGGGAAUAAAAUACUAUAAUAAAAAAUAAAAGGAAGCAAAAGGAUUGGGAUUGAUUGAUACAUAUUAAGUAUUUAAAAUUAAGCCAAACAAUUAUCAAAUACCAAUCAAUUAAUUAAGAUGGUAAUAAAUAGCAAAAUUGGUCAUAAAAUAAUAGAAACUUAAGAGAAACCUAGCAGGGGCAGUUCAAAAAGAAAGCAUUUUAUAAAAGAUUUAAAACUCAUUAAAUAAUUUGCAUGAUAAUAGCUGGGGUAGUUAAAAGAUUUCUAAUUCACCAAAAACAUAAUUUGCAUAAUCUCUAUUAAAUGUUCCUUCUUUGCCUGACCAACGCAGGCAUAGUUAAUUAGAUACUAUUCCCAUAUAAAGUUUAGCAAUUUUAGAUAGUGAGGAGACUUAAAUACAUGAUCAGUAGCACGUAUAAGAUGAUGAAAAUAAAUAUAAAGGGUUAUUAAAGCCUAACAUACUUUUAAUGAUUCCUGAGAGCUAAAACCUAAUUAAGAAUGGUUUUUAUAAUAUACAUUAUGAACAACAAUAAUACGAAAGUUAUUUUGCUUUGUUGACACUAUGGAUCAUCUUUUUCGUAAUAACAUUACUUAGCAUUAUUAUAAGAGAAUUUUUUGGUUAAUCAUACGACAUAUUUUUUAUAAGAUCUUUGUUCUUGUUUUGCUUAAUAUUUUUGUUACCAAUUAUUAAAUAAACCUAUAAAAAUAUCUACAUAAAUUGGAUCUUUUAUGUUGUUUUUUUAUAUGGAUAAUUUGCAGUUAUCUAUGGAACAUUCUUAGCUAAUAACAAGUUAGUUACGAUAAUUUCAAUGGUUGAAUUGGUAUAUUUAGUUGUAGUCGUUUGUUCUUUGAAGAUAUUCACUUUUGUUUAAAUCCUAGUGUUCAUGAUAUUGGUUUUCACAUCCUUUUUAGCCCUCUCUAUCAACAAUAAUUCACUGACCCAUUAAUACAUUUUUUAUAUAUUGUCCUCUUUGGUUUUAUGUCUAAUUGGAUAUUAUAAGGGAAUGUCCGAAUUAAUAGAAAUGUAUAAUAAUCUUUAGCUGAAUGAACAAAGGAAGGCCAAAUAGAUAUCAUUAGUAAGUUAGCUCUUACCUACACAUUCGUAUUUGAAGAUGAAAAAUAACACUCUCUAUAAUAGAUCAGAAUUUAUUGAUGAUUUAGAUGAUGUGACUUUAUUAUUUGCAGAUAUAAAAGGAUUUACUGAAUAUUCUCACACCUAAACCCCUGAAGGAGUUGUCACGAUGUUAAGAAAUCUCUUCACAGAGUUUGAUAAAUUAUGUUUACAAUAUAAUGUAUACAAAAUGUACACAAUUGGCGAUUGUUAUGUUGUUAUGGGAUUUUAAUAGGCUACCAAAAGAAAUCCAAUUUAAGAGGCCAUUAACACAGUUAAGAUGGGUUUUUCUAUGAUUGAAAUAAUAAUGGAGGUGAGAAAAUUAAUUGAUUUUCCUCUUUUAAAUAUGAGGAUUGGUAUUCAUACAGGGUCUAUAAUUGGGGGGAUUAUUGGAACUGAUAUUGUUCGUUAUGAUAUAUAUGGAUAGGAUGUCAGUAUAGCUAAUAAAAUGGAGAGCUCAGGAAGCGAAGGGCAUGUGUAAAUAUCAGAGACAACUAAAUUAAUGAUAGAGAGGGCUGAGAGAAAUCCUUUUGUGUUUUAAUUCAAACAAAAUGUUGAAUUGGCUAAAUUCAAUACUUCUAUUAAUGGGUACAUAGUAGAAUGGGAAAGGAAAAAUAGAGAUAGAGGGGAGAGCCACUUUAGAAGUGAACCUUACAUAACAAGAGAUAAAAUGCAAAGUCAAAAUUUAUGAGCUAUUAAAUUUGUUGACAAAUAAUUAAUUUACAAACAUUAAUA